CCUCUAGAAUCUUAGGCCGUAUUUUUUAGAUUUGGAAAAGAUUCUGAAUAUAUUUUUUUAGAUUUUCUCGGUUACAGAGGAGGUGUAACUGGAGAACGUAUCAGAGAAACCACAAAUCUCACCAUAUAUUUUCUGAACAAGGCGGCUCAAUAAAUAUCGUAUCCAACUUUUAGAUUUUACGCCUUUACAUACAAAAAAUAUAAGCAGGAGAGAGGCUUCGCUUUCUUUCUCUUUGGCUCUAUAAAAUGAAGUAACCAGAGCGUGAUUCUCAGAUCCGUGAAGAAAGACCCUGUGGUCCUUUAAGACAUAUUAAAACAGAAGUGAAAAGGAGCUUUUAAGAAGGUAUCUUCGGUAGAAAGGAUGAGCAUUUGUGUUCGUUUUUGGCGAGGAGAGUGGAAGAAAAAUGGGGAGGAUGAAUGGCAUUUCCAGCCUGAUGACGAUGAUUUCGGAUUAAGGACAAUGAUAAAAGAUGAUGAAACAUAUGAAACGUUGGAGGCCAUGGUUAGGAGACGCUACUCUCUCCGACCGUCUACACCGGUGGUGCUAACCUUCAGACUUCCUACCUGGAUGUUGUCACCGCUGGGACACAAAACUCCACCGACGACAAUAACGAGAACUGAAGAUCUGUGUGUUUUGUUAAACGUCAGGACGUCCCUCUCGGACCUAGCUUUGCUUGUCACCGCUGGUCCUAAAUGUGUUGCAGAGUACGAGUUCCUUUGUAGAACUAGUUUUACCAUUGGAUCAACCACGUACGUUGUUGACAACACACAAAAUGAAGCAUCCAGAGCGGAGUACGAGACUCUUGUUUAUGGGGACCGAGCAACUCAGACUGAAAGGGUUAUGGACGCCCUAUUCCCUGAAGAUGCAUUAAGGCUUUUCCACCGGGUGUCUUGUGAGAUGGCUUAUGCGGACCAAUGGCUUGCUAAUCAAAGCAACAAUAACGGAGGGUCUCGCGAGAUAAUAGUCGUUGAUGACGAUGAUGACGUAAUGUAUGAAGCUAACCCAGUCAAUCUAGAAAUUGGGGAAAGCAGUCGAGGCGGGGGAGGUGGUUCACUCCAACCAAACAUGGUUUACUCUCCAGCUAUGACUCAAUCCCAAGCACCUCCCAUAUUGUGGGACGUUGGAAUGGACUUGGGUAACCACCAAAGUCCAACUAACCCACAAAAUCUCCAUUCUACCUUGGAGAAUGACAUGAGGUUUUGGGAAGGCGUUAUAGCUGCAGGAGUCCAGGUGGAUGGACAGUUAAACAUAAAUGCUGUCAACGAUGAUGAGAUGCAGAAUCUUGGUGGCAUUAUCUCUCUGGCGGGAGCAAACGACCAUGUUAUCGGUGAGGGUGUCGAUCACGAUGUCCUGCCAAACGUUUGUGUUGAGAACGCCGUCGUACAAGCUGAAGGUGGGGGUUCUUCUACUGGUUCAAACCGUGAAGGUAAACAACUAGGGGGUGGUAUGUUGGGUGCAAAACCCUUUGAAGAGGACGACUUCUGUCCAGGAGAGGAGACAGCCCAAGCGUUUGAGGCUGAAGGGAUGCAAACACAGAAUGGAGCUGGGGACGUACCAGUGUUGGCAGCAGGGGUUGUUGAAGAAACAACUCCCACGGUGGUUCCUCCACUGUUUAGCUUAACUAAAGGGGAACACACCGCCGGAACUAGUGGCGUGCGCCAGGGUGAAAAAUGUCUAACCGAAACUUCUUCUGAAGCAAGUGAGACUGAGGGUGGGUUUUGAUACGUUUGAAACCUAUGCACUUCGUUUGGAGACUUUUGUUUAGUGACAUAACCUAUGUUCGGGGUGGGAAAUAUUUUGGGGUGUAUUACGGGAAAGUUGGGAUUAGGAAGUGAAGUGCAGCGUUGUAUGUAUUUAGUUUGGUUAAACUUUUUCGUAGCCGGCUAUGUUAUGGACAACUGGUUUCAUAACCUGUUUACCGGCUAAGUCAAAGUUUAUAAUGUGUCGGUUUGUAAAACUUAUUUUGUAAAUGAUGAAGCAAAGGCUACUAAAUGUUUAAUAUAAAUGAAGUUUAACUUAA